AUGCGAACCCUGUAUCUCGCGACCCGCAGUGUCGUCCUCGGCGAAGUCUACGAAGACGUCAAACGCGAACGCGGGGCGAGCGCGUGGACAAACGAGAAGGGAGAGGCCGCGGGCGAGGAAGAGGAAGAAGCAGGAGCGAGGUCCAGGUGGGCCAUCGACUCGCUCUUUGUGCAUAUCGAGAAACGACAAGGAGAGACGCGUCCCGGAAAAGAGACAAACGAAAGAAGCAAGGUGUUGAUUGCCGUAAAGGGGAAUCCCUACGACAAUCCUGACAUUGAACCCUUCAUCAAAAGGGAAGGGAGCACGAGAGGACGCAACCGUCACCCGAUCGGCGGCUUCCUCCUCUUGGCGCUUCUCGCGCUCCUCUGUCGUCAGACCUACUCCGAAAUUCGCGGCGCGAUUGAUCGGGCGGCGUGUUACCAGUAUCUCAACUACUUCACUCAGAUUCGUCUCUUCCAGAAGAUGCGACACGCGGGGCGUCUUGUCCCUCUUGACCCCGCUUCGCUCCUGUCUCCUCACGCCCCCGUCCGCUGCCUUGUCGGGUUCUCCCUUUCCUUCGUGCAGAACCACCCCGACCUGAGGCGCAUUCUCUGCUCCACAGCUCAGCGGAACGCGGCUCGCGUCAAGGCAGGGAAAGAGCAGUCAACGUCGACGGCAAAGGCGAGAGAGGACAACGCAAAAUCACGCGAAGACCCCGCUGUGGAAAAACGCGUCAACAUCCAGGUGUCGUACUUUGCGGGGAAAAUGACUCCAACAAGCAUCAAAGGCUGCGCGUCCUUGACCUUCACUCCAGGCGAGCACGGGGGUAAACCGGCAAGCGACGGCAGACAAACGCGCCAGCAAGACGUCGAUACAAACGAGGAACGCAUUCCAAACAUCGCGGAACUUCGAAUCGAAGCACUUCGCCCAAACACGUCGGCUCCGUUCAAGGCUCUCGUGAGUUCGGUGCGGGUCAUCCGGGAACAGAGCGACGACGACGUGGCUGAGGGAGUUCCCUUCCCGCUCCUUCUGUCGUAUACGCUUCCCCCCACGCGCAUCCCCCCGUUCAGGCCGUCAGUCUCCUGGUCGUCAUUCUUUUCCGGUCCUUCGCUUUUCGGGAAGAAGAAGCGGCCGACCUCUGGAAAAGACGAAAGACGGGAGCGGAAAGUGUAG